UUUCUUUGCCCAAGGCAAACACUGAGCAUUUGACAGCUAUGAGAAUGCUUCUGCAUUUGAGUUUGCUAGCUCUUGGGGCUGCCUAUGUUUCUGUCACUGCUGUAGAAAGUACCAUGAAUAGACUGGUUGCAGAAACGUUGACACUGCUCUCCGUUCAUCGAACUCUGCUGAUAGGCGAUGGGAACCUGAUGAUUCCUACUCCUGAACAUAAAAAUCACCAGUUGUGCAUUGAAGAAGUCUUUCAGGGUAUAGACAUACUGAAGAACCGAACUGCACAAGGGGAGGCUGUGGAUAAACUAUUCCAAAACUUGUCUUUCAUAAAACAACACAUAGACCUCCAAAAAAAAAGGUGUGGAGGAGAAAGAUGGAGAGUAGAAAAGUUCCUAGACCACCUGCAAGUGUUUCUUGGUGUCAUAAACACCGAGUGGACAACAGAAAGUUGAGACAAAACUGACUUAUUGUAGUGAAAGAUUUUGGAGGAGAAGAAGAAUGUUUUCUUUUGCAAUAAGAAUGAGGGCCAACCAGCAGGGGGCCUUAAUGAUCCAUAGACUUAAACUUCAGAGGCAAAGUAGAUAUUUCAGGCAUCCUACUACUUUACCACCUCACACAAGCAGAAGGCAUAAAAAUAAAGUGUUUGAGACAUAUUUCAGAUACCCGAUCUUUGAAGUAUUUUCCUCCAGGCAAAAUAAAUAUGUACUUUAACCUUAUUUAACACAACAUUCUGUAAAAUGUCUGUUAACUUAAUAUUUAUUUAUGAAAUGAAGAAGAAUUUGAUAAAUUAAUAUUUAUAUCAGAUUGGGCUAUGUUCCAAUAAAACAAAAAUAAACAACUCUGAUUC